AGCACAAGUGCACAACCAAAAUACACAACUUGACCCAACCAAGGAAUUCACUCCUUUAAAAAAGGGGCCAAAGUUACAAAAAAUCUCACUUUUCAAAGUAGCACAUUCUUCUUCUACAGUUCCCCUCUCCACUUCCACCACCUUCAUCAUCAAAACCCCUCCAUUUUUUUUUUUCCCAAAUUCCUUCAACCAACUUUGUCUCUCUCUCUCUCUUUAUCUCUCUCUCAUUUUCUCUCUCUGUUUUGGUGACCUUGAAUUGAGGCUUGGAGGACCAACAAACCAAAAAGGUUUGGAAUUUUCUCAAAGUUAGUAUCUUUCUUGAUGUUUAUGUAAAUUGAGGGACUGUGGGCCUGCCGUACAGUAGCAUUGGGUUUUUAACAAUAGUCCACCACAUCUUUCUGUGCUGCAGCUGGUCUCUUAUUACAAUUUUGGCUGUCUUCUGAAUCUGUGCCAUAUCGCUAAACCAAUAAAGACAUUUCUGUAUGUGCAUUUUUCCGUAAAGCCCUCAUAUCUGGCCUUUAAUUGUAAGAGGCAGUGAUGGUGUCUGGAACUCAUGAUUCAUUGUCCAAGCCAAAGGCAUCUUUGAAAGAUCUGAUGGAGAGGGGCUAUGGUAACUUGAUUAAAAAGAUCUACCGACUGAAAGAAGAAAUUGAAGCAGAUCGAGAAGUGAAAAUUAAGGAAAAACUUGAUAAGUGUCUGAAGAAACUACAGAGUCAUAUACAUGGAGGCAUGGCAGCAACAUUUGAAGGGAUACCUUCUGCAGUGAGAAAUGAACCAUGUGAAAUUCCUCGUUUAGGAAAUGAAACAUCUCUCAGCAUGAUGAAUGGGUAUCUACUUGAUUCAGCAGACAAAGGCUUUGUUAAUGUUCAUGAAGUCAUAUCUACCAAAAGCAUCAAGCUACCUAGAAUUCAAAGGAUACCGACAUAUACAACAUGGGUUUUUUUGGAUAGAAAUCAGAGAAUGGUGGAAGACCAGUCAAUCGUUGGUAGGAGACGUAUCUACUAUGAUCAAUCUGGAAAAGAGGCACUGGUAUGCAGUGACAGUGAGGAAGAUGUUCAAGAAGCUGAGGUAGAGAAGCGUGAUUUUUCUGAUGGUGAAGAUCGAAUUCUAUGGAUGGCUUUUCAGGAGCAUGGAUUAGAUGAUGAUGUUGCUGAAGUGGUUAGCCAUUUCGUCGGAGGCACCCCUGUGGAAAUUCAGGAGAGGUACAAUGAACUAAAGCUGAAGCUUGAGGCGUCAGAAGAACAAGAUUCUUCUGGAAGAAACAUGUUUCUUGAGAAGAGUUUAAGUGCUUGUUUAGAUUCUUUUGACUAUCUUUUUUGCCGCCGAUGUUUGGCUUUUGACUGUCGUUCGCAUGGCUGCUCUCAACCUACUGUUAACCCUAGAGAAAAACUAUCAUCUUUGCCUGAACCUGAGGGCAGGAAACCUUGCAGUGACCAGUGCUACCUCCUGGCUAUACAAACUGCUGAAGAAUUGGUGGAAAGCUCAGAUUCUCGUUUAUUACAGCAUAUGGAUCAUGCUAUUUUAGAAGAGGAAAGUAGAGGCUCUAGUGUUUUCAAUUGUGAAGUGAAUAUAAGUAGUGCAGAUUUUGGUACUGGCUGUACUGUGAAGUCUGAUACUGGGGAAGGUUCUACUGCAGGAGUCCUAUCUGGUUUAAAAGUUGUGCCUACAGUUCAUGCAAACGUGGCAAAGCGCAAGAUCACUGAUGACAAUGGUAGAGAGUUAGAGAGAUCUGGUAGCUUCGAAAGUUCCAUUAAUAAGAAGCUGACAAAAAUUCAAGCUGUUGAAUCAACAACUGUCAAUAGUAAAUCUGUAUCGGCAAGUGCAAUUUCAUCUGGCAAAAGCAAGAAAUUGAGUGUUGAGUCAUCUCAAUAUCUGGAUCAUCAACAGACAGGCAAACAUCCUAUGGAGGGGCAUGCUACUGGCGUUUUAUAUGAUUUAAGUUCUGAUGACAAUUCAAGUUGUCAUACCCAUGAUAUUAUUGGAGAAGAAGUUCGUGACAUAAGUAGGAGGGUGGAACUGAAGCAACCAGUUUCUUUGGGAAGGAGAAGGACAAAAUUGUCAAGUAGUUGUGACUGGAAGCCUUUGGAGAAAUCUCUAUUGCUGGAAGGGUUGAAAAUGUUUGGCAAAAGCAGUUGCCUGAUAGCCAGAAACUUUCUACCUGGUUUAAAGACUUGUAGCGAGGUGUCCAGUUACCUGCAGAAUAAUAGGGCUUUGUUGACUCAGAAAAUGGAUAAAGUAAACUCGUCAGAAGACAAUAGAAAGGAGAUAGUAGUGAGACCCAGAUCAAGAAUAGUUCGUAAAAGAGGAAGGGCAAGAAGACUAAAAUUUUCUACAAAGUCCAAUGGUCAUCCAUCCAGCUUGAAAAAAGAUACUGAUGCAAACAAGGCAUACAAGCUGUACACACCAUGUUCAUGCGAGUCCGUGUGUGGGAAGGACUGCUCCUGUAUAUCAAGCGGAAACUGUUGCGAAAAGUACUGUGGGUGUCCAAAAGGCUGCAAAAAUAGAUUUCGAGGAUGCCACUGUGCAAAGAGUCAGUGUAGAAGCCGGCAGUGCCCAUGUUUUGCAGCUAAUCGUGAAUGUGAUCCAGAUGUUUGUCGUAAUUGCUGGGUUAGUUGCGGUGGGGGUGAACUAGGCGAACCACCAAAGAGAGGAGAUGGACAAUGUGGAAAUAUGAGGCUCCUUUUGAGGCAACAGCAGAGGAUAUUGUUGGGACGGUCAGAUGUUGUUGGAUGGGGAGCUUUUAUCAAGAAUACUGUGAAUAAAAAUGAUUACCUUGGAGAAUAUACAGGCGAAUUGAUAUCGCAUCAAGAAGCUGAUAAACGUGGAAAAAUAUAUGAUCGAGUAGAUUCAUCAUAUCUAUUUGACUUGAAUGAUCACUAUGUUCUUGAUGCCUGCCGUCGAGGAGACAAAUUGAAGUUUGCAAAUCACUCAGCAACCCCCAACUGCUAUUGCAAGAUAUUACUGGUGGGAGGAGAUCAUCGGGUUGGUAUUUUUGCCGGAGAACGGAUUGAAGCCAUGCAGGAAAUCUUUUAUGACUAUCGUUAUGGUCCUGAUCAAGCACCUUCGUGGUUCCGAAGAUCCAAGGAAUCUAAGAAGGAUGAACAGAUAUCUUCUCAGAGUCGUGCAAGGAAACAUCAGUCUCGCUGAGCUGUAUGUCGUCGUCAGUGUAUGUGUUUACAUAAUCAUGGGUUUUCCAUUGGUGCUCGAGUGGACUUGUGUGGCUGUUUGUCAAUCAGCCAGUAUGUUUGAUAAUCAUAUGGAGUAGGAAGAUAAUAAAAGUAAUAAUAAUAAUAAUAAUAAUAAUAAUAAUAAUAAUAAUAAUAAUAAUAAUAAUAAUAAUAAUAAUAAUAAUAAUAAUAAUAAUAAUAAUAAUCUUAAUAGGAAGAUAAUAAUUUUACUAUUUUAGACAAGGCAAAAAUUGAAAUUUUAUAGCUUAUGUAAUUCUGAAUUUUUUUAAAAUUUUUUUUUUUUUUGAGGAAAUUCUGUUGAUGACUCAUUACCCAAAUAAUUAAUGCUGAGUUAUGCAGCAAAAGUUUGAGAUGAAAAAAGAAAUUAAUAUAGAGUUGAACUAUUACUUUUGA